AUGUGGUGUGCGGAGGAGAUCCUCAAAGCAGACCCAGGCCAGCUCCAGGCUGAGGAUUCUGUAUAUGGUGGGACGCCUCUCCACUGGGCCAAAACUGCUGAGAUGUGUCGUUUGCUGCUGGAGCAUGGCUGUAUGGUGAACUAUCUCAGUAAGACCGGGGAGAGCGCCCUCCACAUUCUGACCAAGAAGGGCCGCUUUGAGGCAGCCAUGGUGUUACUCACCCACGGAGCCAACGCCAACCUGAAGGGACAGGACGGGAACACAGCUCUGCACCUCGCUAUGAAGAUGGACCACAUGGAGUUGAUCAAAGCUCUGAUUGUAUUUGGUGCUGAUGUGGAGAUCCACAACGACUUGGGAGAAACGCCUGGACUGAUCGCUGCACGCACUAGCAAAGGUCCGAAUAGAAAGAUACUGCUGGACAUGCUGUGUAGUGUAGGGGUCCAGCGGUGCCUCCCCCCCUCCCCUGCCAGUCCUCCCCCCAUCUCCAACAAGGCCCCACCUCCAGGCAUAGGGUUUGAGGACAUCAUGUUCGUGGGGGCUGCAGUCACUGCAAUGAGCAGAGGCACAUCUGAAGUGGACGGGCCCAAAACGGGGAAAAGGAAGAUGGAAAGACUGCUGUGUCUAGAUGGUGGAGAGCUCUUCGACUGGGUGGCUGGCACGAGCACUGGAGGGAUUCUGGCCCUCGCUAUAAUCCAUGGAAAGUCCAUGGAGUACCUUCGCUGCCUGUACUUCAGGAUGAAAGAGCAGGUGUUCAAAGGGUCACGACCCUAUGAAUCAGCACCACUGGAGGAUUUCCUGAAGAAAGAAUUUGGAAAGAACACCAAGAUGACAGACGUCCAAUACCCCAGGGUGAUGGUGACCAGUGUUCUGGCUGACAGACAUCCAGGAGAACUGCACAUCUUCAGGAACUAUGACCCUCCCUCCGUCCACAGAGAGCCCCCGUAUGCAACCACGGCCACGUUCGAGCCUCUCACUGUCCCACAAGAACAACUUGUGUGGCGAGCUGCCCGCUCCAGUGGUGCUGCCCCCACCUACUUCCGACCGAUGGGCCGCUUUCUGGACGGAGGGCUAUUGGCCAACAACCCGACACUAGACGCCAUGUCAGAAAUCCAUCAGUACAACAAAGCCUUAAAAGCAGAGGGCCAUGGGACGGAGGUCAAGAAGCUGGGUAUAGUGGUCUCCCUUGGAACUGGUAAACCUCCUCAGGUGGUGGUGAGCUCUGUGGAUGUUUUCCGGCCUUCUAAUCCUCUGGAGCUGGCCAAGAGCUUUGUAGGAGCCAAAGAGCUGGGCAAGAUGCUGGUGGACUGUUGUACAGAUUCUGAUGGCUGUGCAGUUGACAGAGCAAGAGCCUGGUGUGAAAUGAUCGACACCAUCUACCACAGACAUCACUGCAGCUCUAUAACAUCAUAGACAGUAUAACUUUACCACCCAACACCAUCUGGCUUGAAGCUCGGGUGAAGCUCAGCUUGAGUGACCCACAUUGUUACAGCCUGAGAUGCAUGUUGAUCAAGUUUGUUUCUGUUUGUGUUUGUCAAAUGGGCAUUUAUAGUAUUCAUGGUUGGUCUAUUAUCUCUAAUGUACUUUAAAACUAUGUAAGAUUCACUAUUUAUUCAUUGUCUUUUGUACAUCGGCUCAAGUAACCCCUUGAGCCGAUGUGACCACAGUGACUUUCAUAUUUACACUCAAAUGUCAGUACACGAUAGCAAAUGUAUAAAACAUGGCAGAGACUGAAAUCUAACAGGAAAACAACUGACAGGAUGUCGCCUAUUGGAAGACAAGUUAUGUAGCAUCUUAUGACCUUAUCACUGACCUUAUCAAGUUUAAUGUGUUUGUAUAUAAACCACUGAAUUAGAGUGUGGAGUUUCCCUCCUUUGGUAUGUGAAUACAGGGGAACUGUAGGAGGAAGUGGUUCCAACUAAAUCAUACUAAGAUCAGUAUACACUGUGACUGUGAUAGUGUCAGUUUAUUGUCACCCUCUCCCUCUCUAUAUUGUUGCUUGAGAAGAUUUUGAAUCCAGUUCUCAUUGGUUAUGAUAAAACCAUAACGCCCUUCGUCAUCCUUCAUUUUGUUGUUCCUCUUUUUUUUUUUUUUUUACCCAAGUAGCUGCAAAGACAAUGUACAGACAUAUUACUUAAGGCCAUAUCAGAAGGACCCUACAGUAGCGCAACAAAAUCUGCAAUAUACUGUAACACAGCUUGGACGAUGGUGAUGAUGAACCAGAUCUGCCUUAUGUGUCUGGGGCCCAAAUUUGUACUGUUUUCUUUCAUUCACAUCACACUGUCAUGCCUUUUUAUAGGUUAUUUAGACUUUAAACAUAACCUCACUCCCAUUGCUAACUUGCUUGCACACUGUACACUUGUUACAACCUUUCAUAAAGGUAUCUUGAACAAAUAUUUAACAUGUACAACUGGAAUUAUACACUUGAAUUAUAAACUUACUUGAAAGACAAAGAAACAAUACUGCACUGGUGUUUGUACAACCUAAACUAGAAGUAACAAAUUAUUUACAAAUGUCUUUUUUUGUAUAUGGAUUAAUUACCAAAGUG